AUGGAGCUGUAUGGUCGAAGUGAGGAACAUCUGCAAAUUAUUCAGGAAAUUUCGGACACAUUAAGAAAUGGAGGUACAGUGUGGACACAGAAAUAUGCGGACGGGAUAUGUGAAGGGCAGGAUUAUGGGAAAUACAUAUUCGGAUCAGGAAUUAUGAGGCAAAGCAUAAGGAACCGCUUGAAGGAGUUAGGGAAGCAUUGGGUACGAGGAGGAAGAAGUCCAGACAGAACAUCGGGCAAAUGUACGUGGCCGCACGCAGUGCAGAUGGAGGAAGAGCAGCAGAAUACUGAGAGUUGUAAAAAAAGGGCCAAGGAAGGAAAGCAGGAUGAGCAGGAAAUAAUGGAAUUAAUGGAUGUCGCCAAAACGCAGUUGACAACGUAUCUUAAGACAGUAAUAAGCGCACGUUGGAAGUCGCAUGCAAGGUGUACAAUGGAGGAAAGAAUAAGAACCAGGAUACAAACAGGGGUCAGGGCAGUUGGUGUAGGAGUCACAGGGGGACAACCACCACAGAAAGGAAGUUCCAACGCAGCGAUUGGGGAUUGUCGCACACGGUCACCACGUCCUGGAACAGGACCAGGACGCACACCAAGACCACGACCACGGCCGAAACCACCGCAGGAGGCACCGACACUACCGAAGCAGCCGACGCAGUCAGUGACGACGAAAAUCACCGAUCAAUCCGGUUCGAACAGCGACGCCUCCAAACCCGCCCCGGCCAAGCCGAACAAACCUGCCACCGCUGCCAAACCAGUAGCGGCGAAACCGGUGGUAACAAAACCGGUGAUAACGAAGACGACAUCGGGCAGUGGCAUGACGACGACAUCAUCUGGUGGUGGUAGUGGUAGUAGUGGUAGUGGUGGUAAGGCUCGUCCUGCUGCUGGUAGUACCGGAGGCGGGCAGGGGAAGAAGGCCGGAGCAGCGAAGUGUCAAGGGGAGACAAUAUUGGAGUGGAGGCCUUCGGAAAAAUAUGUGGUGCUUCCAUAUAGUGAUGCUCAAUGGACACGCGUGCAGGACGUGUUGGAGCAGUUUAUUGAAUAUUUGAAAGACCAUAAUGAUACCUUUGACGCACUUGGUGCCAACUGUAAUAAUAUAGGUUGGAAUGAUCUGACACACACUGCAUACCAUAAGGGACAGAGAGUGGCAGAUAUGAUGAGGUGCAGAAUCAUGUCGGGUGCAUUAUUCUUUGCGAACCAAGACACAAGUGAUGAACAGACCAAUAGGUUAAGAUGUGAGGUGGCCCAUGUUUUGGGGCACUUACUGAAAACUAGGUAUUGCAAAGAUACGGCACCAUGGCCAAGAGGUAUAGAGUAUGCUUGGCCAACAUUCAGGGAUAUGAAGAGCGGAGAAUCCGGUAAGCCUGGUGCAGUGCGGGGCCCUGUUAUGGACGGAAGGUGCACAAUGUGUGGAUAUGUAGGUAACAGGAAGAACGUGGAAGCAGUAGAUUUGAAAAUUGCAUACUGGCUAAUGCAGGAAGGAGGAAUAUUGGGAGAAAUACAGGCAAUGGAGAAGGAAUGGCCGUGUGAGCAGUAUUGGGACAAGUAUACUAAUAACCAGGCAGAAGAACGCGAGCCAGAUAUAAAUAAAAUUUUGACCGAAGCAGGACAGAACGAAAAGAAGAGACUGGACAAAGAAAUAGUACAGACAGCAGAAAAGGUGUUUGAGAAAGCGAAGGAAGCAGUAGAACGGGAAAUUGAAAAAUUGAAAGCCGUAGCGGCGGGUAGUGUAGACCACGUCUGUGUGUGCGGCGGCGGCGACCACGGGAGCGGUAGCGCAACGGGUAUGAGUGUAGACGAGUGUAAGAUGUACCGAAUUUAUGGUUAA